CUGCUGCUCCCAGGGAUUGUAUCCUCUCAUCUGUCGACCAAAAUUCUUGUGCUGACAAUUUCUGUCUGUUCGCCAUUCCUCCCCUCACAACCUCCCUUCCUACAAUCGGUCCCAUCAUAGCCUGCAAUGGCCAAGCCAGUCAUCAGUGAAUCUCCAGAUGGGGGUUGGGGGUGGAUGAUCGUUUUGGCUGGCUUCUUGAAUAAUUGUCUGUUGGUUGGUGUCACACGAUCCUUUGGAGUAUUCUUCGUUCAUUUCACCCAAUACUUCCAGGAGUCAUCUAGUCGUGUCUCGUGGAUUACUUCCAUCGCCAUGGCAACACAACAAUUUGCAAGUCCAGUGGGGAGUGUAUUUGGGAUGCACUAUGGAGCUCGCCCUGUGGUGAUGGUUGGUGCAAUUUUAGCUUUCCUGGGAAUGCUUACGGCUUCAUUUGGACAGAACCUUCUGCACAUGUACCUCUCCAUUGGACUUCUAACAGGUUUUGGUUGGGCUUUGGUCUUCACCCCCACAAUGGCCAUGAUCUCCAGAUACUUCAAGAGGCGUAGAGCCUUGGCGACCGGUUUGGCGUUCACUGGAGUGGGAGUUGCCUCGUUCUUUUUCUCUCCACUGUUUCAGCUCCUGAUCAAUGGGUAUGGAUGGCGUGGGGCUAUCCAGGUCCUAUCUGCAAUGAUGUUGAACCUCUGUGUCUGUGCAGCCCUGCUUAGACCCAUCACCAUCCAAGAGGACCUUCUUGUUCCUUCAAGGGGACACCCUGAAAAUGUAAAGAAAAGUACCGAGUGUUGUGACAAAGUGACGUCUGCCUUUGAUUUGACCCUUUUCCUGCACCGAGGUUUUAUGGUGUACAGUUUUGCAAUAACUCUGAUGACCACAGGAUACUUUGUCCCCUAUAUCCAUCUGGUGGCCCAUGGAAAGAAUCUUGGAUUGAGUGAUUAUGAGGCUGCCUUCCUGCUGUCUGUCACUGCCAUUUCUGAGACUGUUGCACGGCUAUUUUCUGGUUGGUUGGCAGAUCUCAAGCUGAUCCGAAAAAUCCACAUGUUAUUCCUUUGGAGUGUUCUCACUGGAAUCAGCCUUCUCCUCAUUCCUGUUGGGAGUACGUACUACAGUCUAGUAGGGCUCAGUUUUUUUUAUGGCUUCUGUUCUGGAGGCCUUGCCCCACUCUUCUUCUCCACCCUCCCAGAGAUCGUAGGAAUUGGACGGAUUCUCAACGCAACUGGGCUCUUUCUGAUGCUCCUAAGUAUUGGCGGACUCCUUGGGCCUCCCCUAUCAGGGUUUCUGGAGGACCUAACAGGAAGUUACACCAUAUCCUUCAUGACUGCAGGUGGUUUCAUCCUAGCAGGAUCACUCAUCCUGUUCUUCCUUCCGAGCUUUCUCAUCUGCACGGUGAUCCUUUCUGAACAACAGAGUGGUGAUCAAGUUGGUGCUGGGAAUAGCAGAGACCAUCCUGCACAGGCUGAUGUGACAAACUAUCGCUUAGAGGAAUAACAGGGACUAUUUCUUGGAAUGAAGCUGACUGUACAUCAUAAUGCAGUGUUGAUAGGUUCCCCUUGAUGGCCAAGCUGUCUUGUUUUAUCCACUGUAGUAUCAGGGGGAUGACAGCAGGACAUCACCAGCUCUGGAACAUGCAAAGGGAAGAUUAAAUCAUUUAGAGAGCAACAUACCCCAAGUUUAUAAUAUAAAUGAUUUGAGUGAGCGCACUCUAAUCUGUAACAGGCUUAAUUGCAAUUACUCCUGCAGACAAAUAGCUGGACAAUUCAGCAAGGAAACUAAUGCAAAUUCAAAGUAGGAAAAGGGCAUUUGGCCCAUCUAUCUCCCUUUAUCCAAACUCUAUUGCAAUCACAUCAAUGAUUUUGACCGAAGAAAACAAAAACAAGCAUUUCUUAAUGCC